AUGCGCGCGGCCGCGGCUCAGAGGGUGGUGAAGGUGCAAGACGGGCCCCUGAUUCGGACAGAGGGCUCUCAUGUGACAAUCUGGUGCAACGUGACGGGAUACAAGGAAGGCGUGGAACAAGACUUUGAGUGGUCCAUGUACCUGCCGUCGGCGCCCGAGCGGGAGAUCCGCAUCGUCAGCACGGCCCAGCCGAACUAUGCCUACGCAGUCUUUGCCCAGAGGGUCAACGCCAAGGAAAUCUACGUGGAGAGGCUGAGCCGUGACUCGGCCAUGCUGCACCUGCUCAAAGUUCAGGCCAUGGACCAGGGACUCUUUGAGUGUUACACGCCCAACACGGACGGACGUUACCUGGGCUCCUACAGUGCGCGCACUAACCUCACUGUCAUCGCCGACUCGCUGACGGUCUCGUCCCCUGCCCAGACUCUGUCCAAAGUGGAAGGCGACACUCUCCAACUGUCAUGCGAGGUGUCUCGGACCACCAUGCAGCACACCCACUUGUCCGUGGGAUGGUACCUGAAAGCCCCUGAGGACCUGUCGGCCCCGCCCCAGGAGCUUCUCACUCUAUCCAAAGACUUUGUCCUGCGCUCAGGCGGCCCGUACCGCCAGAGAAUGUCGGCGGGAGACCUGAGACUGGACAAAACGGGCGCCACGUCUUACCGGCUCACCAUCCACAAGCUGCAGCCGGCCGACCAGGGCUUGCUCUACUGUCAGGCCGCCGAAUGGAUCCAGGAUCCCGACGGCGCCUGGUUCGCCAUGACCCGCAAGCAGAGCGACAAGACCCCGCUCCGCAUUCAGCCCACCGAUCGCGACUUCAGCAUCCAGGUGAGCACGGAGCGCCGGUCCUUCACGGCCGGUGAGCCGCUGGAGCUUCGCUGCACCAUCGAGGCGCAGAACGUCCCCGAGCGAUUCUUCUCGGUGUCGUGGGUCUUCAGCAGCUCACCGGUGGCCGUGGUGGGCCCCGGCGCCGUGCCCGUCCUGGGCUCCGACUACGUGGCCCGCGAGGCCGCCGGCCACAUGACCGUGCGCAAGGAGAGCCCCAACGUUCACCUGCUCAAGCUGCAGCGCCUGCGCCCCGACGACGCCGGCAAAUACAUUUGCCGCGUGACCGAGCGGGAAAAGACACCCACGGGAGACUUUAUCGACCGCAGCAAACGCUCACGCAACGUCCAAAUCACGGUGCAGCCGCUCAAAAGCAACUUGACCGUCUUGUUAUCUAGCAACUCUUCCGAAGUUCUGGAGGGCAACGUGAUGCAGUUGAUCUGCUCGGCCCAGGCCGCCGCGGGCCCCCUCUCGGUCGUCUGGCAGUGGAAUGACAAGCAGGGUGACCGACCUGCCCGCGACUUGGCCUCUCUGGACCGGGAUGGCACUGUGCUGUACGGCGAUGUCUACGGGGAGCGCUCUGGCUAUGGCGAGAUCCGUGUUGAGAGACAGCGGGCCGAUGCCUUCUCACUCUCCAUUUACAACGUGUUACCCGACGAUGAAGGGCAGUACAGCUGCACCGUCAGCGAGUGGUUUCAAAGCGGCUCUGAAGCGGAACUCAGCUGGGAGAAGAUUGGAGAGAAGUCAGACACGAAGACGGUCACCGUCAAGACUGUCGAGUCCUCCUUCAUGGUGUCCGCCUCAUCACGGACACCAUCCGUGAUCUACGGAGAUUCCUUUGACCUCCUGUGCCUGGUCAAGCCCCGCCACAACCCCCGCGUGCCCACCUCGGUCACCUGGCGCUUCAUGCCAGCCGAUACCGAGGAGGGGGAGGGAGACUUCAAGGAGCUGGUGACUUUCACCCGGGAGGGCACGCUACAGUGGGGGGAACAGUUGCUGGGCCUGGGCACCCGCACCACCGUGGAUCGCUCGCUUUCCAACACCAAUUUCCGGCUGUCAGUAACGCGGGUGGGCAGGCGCGAGGCUGGCAAAUACCAGUGCACCGCCGUACUGUGGAGGAAAAAUUACGACGACAGCUGGAGCCGAGUGGCCAACCGGACCUCCAACCUGCUUGGAAUCAGCGUCGUCCAGCCAGAAAGUAAACUACGAGUGCAAAAGACCAACCAGUCCCUGGUGCACCUGGAGGACAGCCGAGUGCGUCUCAAUUGCACCGUGACCUCCCAAACCAGCCCGGAGUCGCUGCACGCCGUGCUGUGGUACGUCAGACGCGCCGGUGUUGGCCGCGGGUCGGAAGCCGACGAGCUCCUGCUGCGCGUGGAGCGAUGGGGCGCCCUGGAGUACGGCGCCUACGCCGACGAGGAGAGGCUGCGGCGGCGCGCGCGGGCCGAGAGACUCUCUCCUCGCCACUACGCACUGACCCUGGACAGGGCGGAGAGCGCCGACUCUGGGACCUACUAUUGUCUGGUGGAGGAGUGGAUGAGCGACCCUGACGGCGCUUGGUACCGCCUCUCGCGGGACUCAUCCGGAUUCACCCAACUUCUAGUCAGACAGCCAGAGGCCCGACUGCUAGUGGAGGAGACAGAGUCCAACGUGACGGUAGCGGAGACGGGCUCCAUCCGACUGGGCUGCAACAUCCCCUCUCAGUCAUCCCGAGACUCGCGUUUCUCCGUGUCCUGGUACGCCGAACGCCCCGACGAGGCCGACGACCAGGAUGAGGACGAGCGGCGCCGUUGCGUCUUCUCCGUCGGCCACGACGCAAUCUUCGGGAACGGAGACUGCAGCCCCGUGGAGGAGACGGGGCCCGACUCCCGUCUGCAGUUUCAGAGGACGGCCUCGGAUCAGUACAGUCUGACCAUCCGGGAGGCCCGGCCUGCCGACGGGGGGCGCUACUACUGCCACGUGGAGGAGUGGCUGCUCAACCCUCGCGACUCUUGGUACCGCCUGGCCGCCAACGACUCGGGAUACGUUACGGUCAAUGUCCUGCCACGAGAAUCCUCGGUCAAAUCAGUAGUGUGCUCCAACAAGGCGCUGUUCUACUUGGUCUUCUUCUACCCGUUCCCCAUCUUCGCCAUCCUCCUCAUCGCUCUGCUAUUCGUGCGCUUCAAGAGCCGCAACAACAAUAAAAGCCAGGAGGGCAAGAACGGCGCCCCUUUGCUGUGGAUCAAGGAACCGCACCUCAGCUACUCCCCUACCUGUCUGGACCCGCCCGCCCUCAGCCUGCACCCCGGUUCCGUGGACUAG